AUGGUGCAGAUACAUAGUGACGACAUGAUACGGCGGUGGAACCAAGAAAUCGACACCUACCUUGUGUUUGCAGGCUUGUUCUCCGCGAUUCUAACCGCGUUCAAUGUGCAGUCAUAUCUUCUACUUCAGCCCGCUGCGCCGGAUCCAUCCUUCGUCGUGUUGCAGCAAAUAUCUGCACAGCUCGGCAGCUUCUCCGUCAGCCCGCACUUCGUAAACUCAACCCAGCCCCCCAGCACGAGCCCUUCCGACGUCGAUGCCCGCACCCCGCCGCGUGUCCCGCGCUGGGCGGUAUGGCUCAAUUCACUAUGGUUCUCUGGGCUCAUCCUUUCGCUAGCCUCUGCCGCCAUCGGUAUCAUGGCUAAGCAGUGGUUGAACGAGUACACCAGCGGCCUGUCCGGCACUUCCCGCACCACUGCACGCAUACGCCAGCACAGGUUGAACAACCUGAUGAAAUGGCACGUCGACGACAUUGUGGGGACGAUACCCGUGCUUCUCCAGCUCGCGCUCCUGUGCUUCCUCGCGGGUCUCCUCGUCCUCCUGUGGGGCUUGCACAGCACUGUGGCGGCGAUCGCGUCCAUGCUCGUCGGGCUUCUCUCAUCCUUCAUCCUUAUCACGACGGUGUGUCCGCUCUUUGAGGACACCUGCGCGUACCUCUCCCCUCAGGCG